AUGUAUAAGAAGAAGAAGGAGGAGCUUAAAAGAGAUCUGGUCAAGUUCAGUAAGAGCAAAGAGUACUACAAGAAGAUUGGGAAAGCUUGGAAGCGAGGGUAUCUUUUUUAUGGACCACCCGGGACUGGGAAAUCAACAAUGAUUGCUGCAAUGGCGAAUUUCUUGGAUUAUGAUGUUUAUGAUCUUGAGUUGACAACGGUGAGGGAUAAUACACAGCUAAGAAGGUUAUUAAUCGACACUUCGGCGAAAUCGAUUAUUGUGAUUGAAGAUAUUGAUUGUUCACUUGAUCUCACUGGACAAAGAAGGAAAAAAGAAGAGGAAAAGGAAGAUGGAGACGAGAAGAGCAUUCUGAAGAAGAUGAUGGAAAAUGAAGAUGAGAAUACAGCGGAUAGCAAAGUUACUCUAUCAGGGUUGUUGAAUUUUGUUGACGGAUUAUGGUCAGCUUGUGGUGGGGAGAGGAUCAUUGUAUUCACUACAAACUUUGUAGACAAGCUAGAUCCGGCUUUAGUUCGCAAAGGAAGAAUGGAUAACCAUAUAGAGUUGUCAUAUUGCUGUUUUGAAGCGUUCAAGGUAUUGGCAAAAAACUAUUUGGAUGUGGAGGAGAGUGAGCUUUUUGAGGAGAUAAAGAGGUUGCUUGAGGAUAAAGAAAUUAAGAUGACACCAGCGGAUAUUGCAGAAAAUAUGUUACCUAAAUCUGAAAACGAAGGAUCAGAGACAUGUUUGAAGCGUUUAAUCCAAGUGUUGAAAGAAGCAAAGAGGAAGGUCGAGGACGAUGUGGAAGAGAAGAAGAGAGAAACAGAAGAGAAAGAGAAAGCAGAGACAGCCCCCAAUGAAGGAGAACAAUAA